AUGCUAGUCCAAUUGUGUCCUGGGUCACGGCUGGCUAUGACAGCCUGGGUCUGUAGUGAUGCAGUGCCUUAGAUUGCUGCACCACUCUAGAGGCCCUAAAUUGACAGUUUUUUUAUGGGGAUUUUUGAUCAUGCUAAAUAGAUUUCCGCGCGGGCGCGGACAUCGACCUUUUGAAGAAAACACAUUGUAAGCGGGGUUUAUGACUUUGUGGCUGUGGUAACUACUGACAACCUCCAGCUGCGUUUGCCGCUGCUGUGACUGUCCUGCCUGGCCGCCCGGUGUCUGAUACGCUGCUCCCCUGCUCCUUCCCUGGAUCCAAAGCCCGCCUCGGCUACCGAACUCCCAGUGAAUGCACUAGUCAGCAACCAUGACAGGCAUCGCCGCCGCGUCUUUCUUCUCCAACUCCUGCAGGUUCGGGGGUUGUGGGCUCCAGUUCGAGUCUCUGGCCGAGCUCAUCGUCCAUAUCGAGGACAAUCACAUCGACACAGAUCCUCGUGUUCUGGAGAAACAGGAGCAACAACAGCCCACUUACCUGGCCCUGAGCUACAUCAACAGGUUCAUGACGGAUGCGGCGCGUCGGGAGCAGGAGACCUUGAAGAAGCGGGCCACGCCCAAACUUUCCCUGUCAAUCACAGGGGGUGUGUCUCGAAACAGCGUGGCCACGCCUCCACGCCACAGCAACGGCAACCUGACUCCUCCUGUGACUCCACCCAUCACACCCUCCUCCUCCUUCCGUAGCAGCACACCCACAGGCAGUGAGUAUGAUGAUGAGGAGGUGGACUAUGAGGAGUCAGACAGUGAUGAGUCCUGGACCACGGAGAGUGCCAUCAGCUCGGAGUCUAUCCUCAGCUCCAUGUGUAUGAAUGGAGGGGAGGAGAAACCCUUCGCCUGCCCUGUGCCUGGCUGCAAGAAGAGAUACAAGAAUGUGAACGGUAUUAAAUACCACGCCAAGAACGGCCACCGGACACAGAUCCGUGUGCGGAAGCCCUUCAAGUGCCGCUGUGGGAAGAGCUACAAGACGUCCCAGGGCCUGAGACACCACACCAUCAACUUCCACCCGCCCGUCUCCGCCGACAUCAUCCGCAAGAUGCAGGGCUAGAGACGAUCGUCGUGACAACCCCUGGUCACACCCCACCAUUUAUACCCCCCCAAACCCUAUUCCUCACCAGCACUACCCACCCAACCACCCCAAACCUUUUCAAUUGUCAAUAUCCACCUCACCUCUUCCAACCACCCAAAACAUAUCCCUAUCCCUUCUGGCCCAACAUAGGGGUGACAACCCAAACCCCUAUCCCUUUUGGCCCAACAUAGCGGUGACAACCCAAACCCCUAUCCCUUCUGGCCCAACAUAGGGGUGACAACCCACACCCCUAUCCCUUCUGGCCUAAUCUUAGGGGUGACAACCCAAACCCCUAUCCCUUCUGGACCAGUCUUAGGGGUGACAACGCAAACCCCUAUCCCCUCUGGCCUAAUCUUAGGGGUGACAACCCAAACCCCUAUCCCUUCUGGCCCAACAUAGGGUUGACAACCCAAACCCCUAUCCCUUCUGGCCCAAUCUUAGGGGUGACAACCCAAACCCCUAUCCCUUCUGGCCCAAUCUUAGGGGUGACAACCCAAACCCCUAUCCCUUCUGGCCCAAUCUUAGGGGUGACAACCCAAACCCCUAUCCCUUCUGGCCCAAUCUUAGGGGUGACAACCCUUAUCCCCUCUGGCCUAAUCUUAGGGAUGACAACCCCUAUCCCGUCUGGCCCAAUCUUAGGGGUGACAACCCAAACCCCUAUCCCUUCCUGCCACACACUAAAGGAUCUAGUGCAUGCUUUAAGUUGUUUAGACUUUGUCUUGUAUUAUGUUGUAUGGUUUUGACAUGCUAUCUCUAUAGGCUUAGUUUUGUUGUUGUACAUUUGCACAUUCUCAUGCUAUCACAACAAUUGUCCUUACUUUUUGUAUUGACAUACGGUGCUAACUGUAAAAAAAAUAUAUAUAUUAAAAAAAGGGGAGUAAUGUGAGAGAAGGAUGAGGGCAAGAGGAGGAAGGAGUGGAUGGAUGGAGUUGUGUUUAACAGUCUAUAUAUAGAUAUAUAAACAAUAGAUGUGUGUGUAUAUACAAAUAUAUAAGUAUUCAUAACCAUAUACAAAAUAGUUGCUUUAUUUUAUACUUUAUUUUUCAAUAUAUUUUCCAGAUAUUUUAUCGAUAAGUGUGUUUCAUUCCUCAACCCCCUGAGACAAUCUGUUCUGUGGUGUCAUAGUUCAAAGUUGAAACAGCUAGGUGACCUCAGGUCUAGAUAUUCCCAGCAGCAAAAAACAAACUGACUAGAGCUUGAAUUCUAACUUCAGAUCUGUGUACAAAAAAAAAAAAGGUUUCUCCUAUUGCUAUUUAAUGCACGAUUUGUGCUGAAGUUACAUGCAGAUUUCAUGUUAUCAUUUGGCCCAUACAGAGAAAGUAUUGAAUCGCUUCAUUCCCACUGUUAUAGGACUGAUCCCCAAUGAUUCCGGAAUGUAUUGUCCAUCCUGUAUUCUAGAAGGUUAUUCCAGACUAGUGUGAGCAGACCAGUUGAGGCAUCAUACUGUAUUCUAGAAGGUUAUUCCAGACUAGUGUGAGCAGACCAGUUGAGGCAUCAUACUGUAUUCUAGGAGGUUAUUCCAGACUAGUGUGAGCAGACCAGUUGAGGCAUCAUACUGUAUUCUAGGAGGUUAUUCCAGACUAGUGUGAGCAGACCAGUUGAGGCAUCAUACUGUAUUCUAGGAGGUUAUUCCAGACUAGUGUGAGCAGACCAGUUGAGGCAUCAUACUGUAUUCUAGGAGGUUAUUCCAGACUAGUGUGAGCAGACCAGUUGAGGCAUCAUACUGUAUUCUAGGAGGUUAUUCCAGACUAGUGUGAGCAGACCAGUUGAGGCAUCAUACUGUAUUCUAGGAGGUUAUUCCAGACUAGUGUGAGCAGACCAGUUGAGGCAUCAUACUGUAUUCUAGGAGGUUAUUCCAGACUAGUGUGAGCAGACCAGUUGAGGCAUCAUACUGUAUUCUAGGAGGUUAUUCCAGACUAGUGUGAGCAGACCAGUUGAGGCAUCAUACUGUAUUCUAGGAGGUUAUUCCAGACUAGUGUGAGCAGACCAGUUGAGGCAUCAUACUGUAUUCUAGGAAGUUAUUCCAGACUAGUGUGAGCAGACCAGUUGAGGCAUCAUGCUCUAUUCCAUUUGCCAAGUAUUGUUUCUGGUUUCUUUUCCAUGAUCAUUGCCAACAGCUCUCUACUGCCAAACAUUGACAUUACCAUGUGCCUGAGGGGGGAGAGAGACUGUCAUAAGGUUUCAUCUUAGAGACUCACAAAAGUGUCAAGGAAAUACUGUCUCAUUGCGCCUCAAGUGUGACUGUGUGUGCAUGCUUUUGUCUUAAAGUAUGUGUGUGUGUCGAGAGAUUACACCUACAACCUUUGAUUGCCUUGCGUUGUAGACCACAGCAUUCCAGUAGUCAGUGUGAGUUGCUUCUUAGGAGAGUCUUUCUGCAGUAUCUGAGCUUCUAGUGUUAUUCUUCUUUCUCUGUUAGUCUUCUAUAGUGUUACAAUUUAUGUCUGAGGCUCAAAUGUCAGUGCCAGGUCACUGGGCGAGUCCCAAAUUGCACCCUAUUCCUAUGGGCCCUGGUCAAAAGUAGUGUGCAAUAGAGUGCCAUACCAAGGCUAUUGCUCCUGUAGAGCAGGAGAGUGGUGGACAUGUGAUCCAGUUGGGAUAUCAUGCUUUCAGAGUACAGUGGAGUGGUGGAAUGUCAGUGGUGCCAUUUUGUCAAAACAUUUCUAACCUGUGAUGAUCCCCCACCACACACGGGUGUGGCAAAGUGCCGUUAAGGUCAGGGCCCGUAUUCACAAAGCAUUUCAGAGUAGGAAUGCUGAUCAGAUUUUCCUUUUAAAAUCGUAGGAGGGGGGACCUGAUCCUAGAACAGUACUCCUACUCUGAGAUGCGUUGAACACAGGCCCAGGAAACAAGACAGAAAGAAAAUGGCAGUGAAAGAGGAAGGUAGCAUCGUUGGGGUAGUGUUUUUGUGUGGCGUUCCGGACUCUGUGCCGGGUUUUCCGUACUUGGAAGCCUUGGCUCCGUAGCAGCUUUCUGGCAAGGGAUCGGAGAUGCAGGUCGCCAUGGUUACACUUUAACAGGGCGACUAACAGUAUUAGUGGGGAUGGGAGGAUUACAUUAGCCGUGUGUGUAUGAGGGGGACUAUUUCGAUAUACUGUGUACAGUGAAUGUAUUGUAAUGUGUGUCUUAAGUGCUUUUAAAUUAUAUUUUCAUAUGUUUCCUAUUUGUGCAGAGGUUAUGAGUAGGGAGACCUGUGUACUAUGUCAAACUGUCUUUAUAUACAAGAAGCUGCUUCAUAAAUGUAAAACGCCAUUACAUAAAACAACUCUGGAGCCCA